UUUGAAUAUCGUGGUGGAGUCAAGUUGCGUUGCAUGUUUUUUUAUUCAUCCGUGACUGAUGUAAGAUAUUCAUGCUGGUAAGCCCACUGGUGUGUGGUUGUAUCUGGCUAGCGCUUGGGAAUGCGAAAAAACAUAGACACUUCGUUUAAAUCGUUGUUGUCCGGGGGAUAUUUUGCAAAAGUCCCCUUAAAGGAGAGGCGGUAAGGUGUUUUUCCUUUCAUACCGUUGUUUACAACAACUGGCAAAGCGGAGAUGGACCUGCACAUUUUAGAUCACAGGCUCAAAGUAACUAGUAUCUGUAAGGACGGGCUGGUGAAUUUCACCCAUCCACUGAUCAAACUAAUAUUUCUCCGGAACAGGACGAGAUGCAAGUUCUUCAGUCUAACUGAGACGCCAGAGAAUUACACAGUGGUGCUGGAUGAGGAAGGAUUCAAAGAGCUCCCCGCCUCCGAGUACCUGCAGGUGGAAGGUUCCACCUGGCUCCCGCUCAACGUGGCCUCCAACGGUCACGCCUCCAGCAGCUCCCAGGCCGUGGGCGUCACCAAGAUCGCCAAGUCCGUCAUCGCGCCGCUGGCCGAGCAGCACGUGUCCGUCUUCAUGCUCUCCACCUAUCAGACGGACUUCAUCCUGGUGCGGGAGAAGGACCUGGCGGUGGUGGUGCACACCCUGGAGGAGGAGUUCAACAUCUACAGGGAGGUGGGCGGAGAAUCGGUGCCCGUCCACAGCCAAGAUGUGCGCAACGGCCUCCAGAAGAAUGGAAAAGAAGCCACCAAGCCCACCGUGCACCCCGUGCUGAGCCCACAGAACCAGUUCUGUGUCAUGAGCUUGGACCCGGACACCCUGCCGGCCAUCGCCACCACCCUGAUCGAUGUGCUCUUCUACUCCAGCAGUCCAAAAGAGGGCACUCAGGCCAACCAGGACCUGGACUGCAUAAAGUUCUUCUCUUUCUCCCUGAUCGAUGGCUACGUCUCCAUCGUCAUGGAUACUGAAGCUCAGCGCCAGUUUCCUGCAGACCUGCUGUUCACCAGCUCGUCUGGGGAGCUCUGGAGAAUGGUGCGCAUUGGGGGACAGCCGCUCGGCUUUGACGAAUGUGGCAUCGUGGCCCAGAUCUCCCAGCCCCUAGCCGACAGCGACAUCUCGGCCUACUACAUAAGCACUUUCAGCUUCGACCACGCCCUGGUUCCAGAAGAGGACAUCAUCAGCGUGAUUGAGAUGCUACAUCAGCAGAGGAAGGAGCCAGCAUGUUGACUGCUGCUGUUGAGCCUCCACCCCCCCCCCCCCUCCACCCACCCUUUGGAGCAGAGAGUGUCAGAUGGAGCAGUAGACACAACUUCUGUGCCUAGAACUAGCACUGCAGAAAAAGCAGUAUUAUCUUUUUUUCGCCAGUUGCCAUGACCACCCAAGCGCUUCCAUGGAAGGUGUUAACCUGAAGAGCCUUUGUUUUUGUAAAACCCCCCCCACCCCUCCGCCCCCCCCCCAGCGUUUAGUCGGUGGUCGUGCUGAACUCAGUAGCACUGAACUUCUGUCCUUUUUCCAAGUCUUAACUACAGUUCCCAGUGCUACGUCAUUUCACGCCCGAGUCUUCCUGCCUGGCCGCUGCAGAGCUCGCGGUGACGUUGAAAACCCAGGAGAGCCUUGGGUCGACCGCGAAGACGCUCUGCGCCUCCAGAUGCGAGACUCGCUCAAAACGUGUGAACCGUGCCCUGUUUCACUCUGCUGUCCAGAGUCUUGGGCACCCCUGAACCUUUCACAAGUGCACAGUCACGGAAAGAUAGAUAAAUAUCAUAAAUAUAAAAUAUACAAAGUUAAGAGAAAUAGAAAUAAAUAAAAAAAAAAAAAAGAUUUUCAUGACCCAUUUCACGGUCCCUCAUUCCCAACAGGGACUUCUACGAGGGUUAGAAAUUAGCUGUAGUUUGUUCUUGAGGUGCAUUUAUUUUCAUUUUUUUUCAACUUCAGUUUCCGUAGAAGUAGCAGUGGUUCGUAUGCAACCUAAUCAGUUCCAAAUUGUUGUUUGUUUACAUGCAUCUGGAAGAAAAUGGCUGUUUGCCAGAGGUGCAAUGACAUUUGUCAGGUUAAAGAACUUCUCAUUUGAUGCUCCAUAUAUUUUCAUAAGGUUGAAAAUACGCAAGGAUAUUGCCUCCUUUUAUUUAGUCUCCCUCAUAUUUACUAUUUUCACAUACUGUGUGAAGCCAUGUAGACUUUCAGUUUUAUUUAUUUUUUAUUUUUUUUAUUUUUUGGUAAUACAAGUUAUGAUAAAAGUAAAUGUCCCUUUUAUGUGCCAGUACCUGGCACUCGUUAAUUUAAACCAUACAUACGUGUCACACGGAAAUGAGAUUUUAUUUCUCUGGAAACCAGAGCAAUCGUCGGAAUAUUUUUUUCCAAGUUAAUCCCAUUGUACCAGUUUAUAUCACUCCUGGGUUGCUGCUGAUGCCAGUUUACUGAUGGGGCUGUUUUCUGCCUUUACCUGAAACUUCAAGACUACAUAGUUUUUUUUGUUGGUUUUUGUGCCUGUGAACUGGGGUAAGAAGAGUAGUUUUUUUUUUUUUUUAAAACCAAUUUCUUGUAGGCUAGAUGAAAAGUUACUAACUGAAUUAGUCAGCAGUUCUUCUGAAACCAGAUAAUCUCUUUUUGGUACAACUACAUUUUGUACAAUAACAUAGUAUUAUGUCAAAUAUUUGUAAGGUGCUGCUUUAUUCAAUAAAAAAAUAUAUAUCACAA